AUGGCGGAUCUCAAACCACCAUUUACCGAGGAGACUGCGCAGAAAAAAGUUAAAGCAGCACAGGAUAUGUGGAAUACGAAGGACCCUGCCCGAGUCGCUCAAGCAUAUUCCCCAACAUGUAUCUGGCGUGUUCGAGACUCAUUCUUUACCGGGACAGAAGCUAUUGUCGCGUUCUUGCAAGGGAAAUGGAAACGCGAGCGUAGUUAUCGACUUCGGAAGGAACUUUUUGCCUUCCGGGAUGAUCGCAUUGCUGUGCAGUUUUGGUAUGAGUUUCAGGAUGCGGAAGAUGGAAUGCGCUGGAAGAGGUGCUAUGGAUUGGAAGACUGGACUUUUGAUGAGACGGGAAAGAUGCGCAAACGUAUGAUGAGUGGAAAUGAUGUCCUGAUCGGACCGGAAGGUAAUGGUGAGGGGCGAUGGUUUGGAGAUGAGGUUAACGUGAACGAUGUUUUUAUUAGUGAGAAGCAUUGGUAA